AUGGAAGAAGCAGUUGAAUUAUGUACUGGAUAUCUCUCUAAUGUGGAUGCCAUUGGGUUGCCAAAGUACACAAAAGACACCACAGGUGAACAAGGUGGAAUCAUUGGGAAGAAACUCAUUAGCAUAGACAAGACACAAUGGAGCAAGUUCACUUGUAUGUUUUACACAACACUGAGGAAGUUCAACCAUAUAUCAACGAACACAAGGUAUAUGGCUACCCCACCUGAGAACAGUGGUGAUGCUCCACCCACUGAAGAAGAAGCAUUCAAGGAGGUUAAACGGGGUAAAACUGUUAUGAAAGCAGUAAUACGGGCUCGAGCAGCUGGUCGUAAAUUACCAGUAAAUUGGAAUGAUAGGGGCCAAUUAGUUAAGUCUCCUCAGUUGGCCAGUUACAUAGGGGUCUUAGCUCGUCAUUAUGUUCCCUGUUGCAUUGCAGACUGGAGAAAGAAAAAUGACCCACAGCUUGAAGAAGCAAAAAAUAAUAUAUGGGAAGAUUUGUGUAUAUCUUUUGACCUGGAUGAGAGUCAUAGGCAUUAUAUCAUGAGAAAAGCAGCAUAUGCUCAUAGAAAGUUUCGAGCUACCCUCACAACAUAUCAUCUAAAAGAUGCAAAUGAAGAAUUCAAUCCUCAUCCUCCUAAAAUGUAUCCAGAGAUCCAGCAAGAGCAUUGGGAUGAAUUUAUUAAAAUGCGCCAACAGCCUGAAUUUCAACAGAUCAGCCAGGUCAAUCGCUCUAGAGCCGCAAGUACUCCUUUUCAAUAUAGAGCAGGAAGAAAGAGCUAUCCAGAUAUUGAACAUAGUUUGAGGGAAGAAGUUGGACCUAAUGCUCCAAUUUCUCGAGCUCUUGUUUGGAAGACUGCUCGAGAAGAUAAAGAAGGCAAAUUACCUGAUGAACGCACUCGAAAAGUCUGGGAGGAUUGUGAAGCAUUAUCACAAUCAAUAUCACAAGAUGAUGUGGGGGAGCAUGUGGAUGUCCUUGGUAGGGCAUUGGGAGCUCCAGAGGUCUCUGGUCGUGUUAGAGGAGUUGGAUUUGGCAUUUCUCAGGGCACCUACUUUGGACGUCGGUCUAAAAUUUUUACUGAAGAUGAUUUUAAUGCAAGGAUGGCAGAAAUGGAGGCGAGAAUGGAAAAAAAAUUUCAAGCUCAAAUGGAAAAGAGAUUUGAGCAAAUGAUUGGAGUUAUAAAUAUGCCACAAGGUAGCCCCAGUGAUAAAGAUAGUUGCUCCUUCCAUACUAAAGAAGACUUUCCUAAGGUUAUAAUUUUUCUUUCUAUUAUCUUCUCUUUAUUCACAAAUUAUGUUUCACAUUUUUUUAAGAUAUUAAUUUUUAAUUUUUAGGGCGAGUCUCAAUGUCAAUUAUGGUUAG